AAGUAUGGCGACGAGACUGAGAUUAGGGAACGCUUUUCUCAUUUACCGGUCCUUUUCUUCGUGCUAAAACAUGUGACUUUUAAUCUGGAGGUAUGCAGCCGAAUUUAUCAGGAGGAAGAAGCGACGAUCCACUUGAACGUUCAUUCCCACACAUCAAGCUUGCCUCUCCUGAAGAUGAACUGUUGAACAAAUCUCUGUUGGAAUCCCUGACCCCAGCUUCUCCUAGCUCUAGUGCUCCAUACCGUCUUCCUAAGCUUAGUUCUACAGGGUCGGUAUCUUCAACAUGUACAUCAGGUAGCGAUCCGUUAGAGGGUACCCUACGCAAUGGACAGUCAUCGACUGAUGGUCUCAGCCCACGCAGUCAACAGAGCAUUAAAUCCAACCUGUCCAAGAUGUCCAGUAGGAGUACUCGAUCUAGCAAUCGCCUUCCCAUCCCUCCCUACACCAUAGCACAACUCCGACGGGCGCAAAACAUCCAUGUGCCGUCCUUUAAGAAGGCACAGUUUGCCCCUCUUGUCUCUAGUCCUGCUCGGAAAGCAGUCAUAGAAGAAGAUGGUAAGAUCGAGAGGACUGAAGUGGAUGAUAGGACCAGAGUGGAACAGGAGAUACAUGUCCGGGCAGAGCCAGAAACAACAAGAGCAACUACUAGAUAUUCACAUGCAAGUAGAACUACGUAUGGACCUCGAAGUGCUGCUGUUUCUAUGACCAUUCCCAUGGCCAGUGGUACUGAUUACUCCCAUCCACCUCCAGACCAAAAGGCUGAAUGGAGACUAUCACCUUACAGACAUAAAAACUAUGACAAUCAGGCUGUGACAUCCAACUCUGGGCCUUACUCCCGUAAGUUUGUCAUACACUGUUCUGCACCCAAGUCCUGGCUCCACAUGAAGUUAAGACGCACCAAGACCACUCUGACGUGACAAUCAGAAACGCAGAGAGACAGUUGCACCGACACUAUGCAAUCUUGUUAUCCAUCAAGCGAAUUUCUUUCUUUUCAAUGUGAUUUAGAUGAUUGGGGUGAAUCUUUAUCAGUUAGAGUUGGACAAAUGGCCUGACUAUGUUAGGGCCCUGUUUCAUAAAAGCUAUUAUGGAUGAAAAGUCAAUAACAGGUACAAUAGAAAGUGUGUUUCUCAGUGAAUCAAUAUCAAGAAUUUCUCUCUUGUUGCCAUUCACAGCCACUUAUCUUUGAUAAUAUCCUUCAUGCAUUAGGGAAUUAGUCUGAAUGGUGAUAGUGAUCUAAUUCCUGAAAUAGGUGUUGUAUUUCGUGAAAACUAAGACACCCCAGACUUAUUUGAUGAAAAGCUUGCUGAUAUGCAAAGUCGCAAGGUUGUUUUUACAUGUCCUUGAUCUGCAGUGACUGGUUUAUUGUGUUUCGAGGCAGGCAAAUUGUAGUUUAAACUGUAUUUACAGAACUCUAGCUGCUGGAAGUAGUAUUGCUUCACCAGAGUUUAGGCUGAUUGAACGAAGCCAUAAGCUUUGUAUGCUGGGAAAACCCCUUCAGAAGGUAGAAAAUACUCUAAUUUGAUGCAAAGAAGUGUGUUCACAGAAGUUCUUCAGACAAUAAUCCUGUCAAUAAGGUGCUUUAGACAGUGUUAACACACUGACAUACAUGUAUUAUUACAAUGAUUACCCCUUUAUCAGAUUCGAUUGAUCUUGCAAGAGUACAAUCUUCACUCCCUAGGGAGUAUUCCAUACCGGCAUUGUGUUAGCAGAAAGGCCCAAAUAAACAAAGGUGGUUUUGCAAACCAUCGGUUGAACCCAUUGUUUUUGCAGAUUUCCUGAAUAGAUUAUGCUUAUAUACUCCGUUUAAUAAAAAAAUGUCCAAUGCAAAUGCGCGCUUCUGUCACAGUGUGCCAAAUUGAUGCUUGUUGCCAUGGUGAGUUCACGUUUUUAUUCACGAGUCCACUGUUUGAACGGUGGAUAAAAAUAGCGUGGAUAACCACAGCAACAGAUUUCAAUUUGGCGCGCUGUGAGAAAAGCGUGUAUCAGUAUUGAUCAUUUUUUAGAUACGCUGCAAAUUAAGUGUAAUACAGGAAAUCUGCAUAAACAUCAAUCAUCAAUGUCUUGCCAAAAGAUGAUGCCUUAAUGUAAUAAGAACACACAAAUAGAUCAAAUAUACACAUAUUCUGUGGAAUGUUUUUGUACUUUUAAACAUCAAAUCUGAUUUAAGGUUGGUUGAAAGUAUAUUAUAGUCUUUCAUAUCUAAAUCAUUUCAGAUCUGUUUCAGAGCUGGUUUUAGCCUUUUUAUGUAAUAGAAAUGUGUCUAUUAAUUUAAUGAGACCUAGAUAUGUGUACAUUGAGUUGUUGCCAUAAGAAAAUAUACCUUUCAUGAAUGUGCAUGAAAUACAAAGUAAAAAUGCCCACUAUUGCCUAGAGUAAGCAGGGUAUUUGCUAUUUUAUAUAUUUUAAGAAGUAUUUUUAUAAACAAUAUUUACCUCAUGCCAUACAUGUAUGUGUAGUAUGUCUUGCAAAAUAAAGGUUGAGAUUUAAUGAUGAAUAUGUGACCCUAUAAUUUAGGUUUAAAUUAUAUUGACUUCUUUCUCAGGACACUCAUGAUAUUUAUUAUCAUCAUACAUUAUCUAGAGUCCUUUGAAAAUACUUCCAAAUAGUAGGCCUUCUUGUUACGUUCUUUUUUUUUUAAAGAGGAGCAUGAAUGUAUUGCAUGUUGCAGUCUGUAAUGUAAAAAUAAUCUGUCAAAUCUUCUGACAUGCAAUCGUUUAAUACCAGUUAUUUGGACUAUAAGGUGAAGUUUAAUGAACAUAAAUAUUUGUGUACCUCAGCGUUGGUGCCGUAACAUUAUGAUCAAAGUGAUGACCCAUUGUUAAUCGCUUGUCCUUGCAAUCUUUGGUGAGAUUAUUGGAACAUUUUGAUGCCACUAGUUGUGCACCCCUUGAAAGUGUAAAUGAAACUGUAAGUCAAAUGUUCUGUGCGACAUUAGUAUAUACCUGUCCUCCAUAUGAAACUUAAAUUUAGUCUCUACAGGUAUCCAUAUUUACCUUAAUUAUGUUUAUUUAGUUUAACAUGGUUACAUGAAGACUCAUUUGUGAGUUUCAUAUGAAGGAUAGGUAUUAUUCACACAAAGAUCUCUCUGAUAAAUUAUAUAUUGGAACAUGUGUAGCUUUUUAUUCAAAUUUUAUUGAGAGACUUAAUUUUCUUUGUCCUUUAUUAUGUCUGGUAUACUCCGAUUUAUUUUCAUCCUUAAACAUUGCCCUCUGUAAAUUGAAAUCUGCAUGCUCCUUUAUUUCUUUUGAUUGCCCAUGUAUUCUGACCCAGAAAUUAUCAGACCAUUAAAAGAUGUUUUUAAAUAUUUUAUGUCAUGUGACAAUUUUGAAAUGAUAAUCAGACAAUUGUAUAAUCAUUUGAAGAUAAAUUAUACUUGUUAAAAGUAUUCUUGCCAAAACAUGCCAUAAUUGUUUAUUCUAUUAGUAUAAUCCUUCUCACUCUUAAUUCUUAUGCACAAUACAUUUUUGACACCUGCUAAAUUAUUCUUUGGUAAAUCAUUCUUUGCUAAAUCAAUCUGCACCAUCUGGAAUAUUACUCUGACAUUUCAUUUCACUUCAUUCUUUUGUCAAUAUUAUUAGCGAAUUAAUCUCAUGUAUAUGUAUAUAAGUCCUAUAUCAAGGUCUUUGUAUAAUUUGUAAGAAUUUUUGUUUUUUAUUUUUUUAAUUGUAACAGUUUAGUAAGCUUUUUAUGCAUUGCAAUUUAUUAUUUAAUGAACAAUCUGAAUGAUAUUGACAAUCAUAACAACCAACCUGCUCAUAACAUUCUGAGUGGUGAUUUUUGCACCCGUGCUUAGAUCAUCCUCAAGUAUUCAGUAUAGGCUACAGAAAAUAUUAAAUGUACAUGUAGAUGAAAAAGUUGUACAUCAAAUGAAAUGAUGUAUGCAAUGGUACUUAAACAUUAUUGUCAUGUUUAUGCAUUGUUUUCUGAAGAUGAUCUAGAAUUUUAUUUAAAACAUUUAAAAGUCAAGACCAUUUUCUGACCAUACAUGUGGUUGUAUUCCUGUCACUGCACAAUAUAUAUUCUGUUGUAUAAAAAAAAUCAUUGAUUUUUUUACUGCCUGAACAUAAACAUCAAUUGGUACAUGUAUAUCUUAACUUUUAUUGAAAUGACGUAUAUAAUCUAUAAUACAUCUUAUUUUCCAUAUUCUAUUCAUUUUCAUGGGUUAAUCAGCAUUACAAAACACACUUGUAAGCUACAUUUGACAAUCAUGGUUGUAUUUAUGUUAAAAGGCUUGUUCAGACAUGGCUCUACAGACCGCUGUAUCAAAGCUCAACAACAUUACAAGUCAGUUUAUACUCUCAAAGGAAAUCAAAAUACAAGGAGAUAAUUAUUUGAAAGAAUAAAAUGAGAGGAGCAAUUUAUAACUUGUUUCAUCAAAAUCAGUUAUAGAAUGAGAGAGUUAUAGAAGUUUGAAAGGUCUUUUUUUGUAUUUUCUUUUGGGAUCCUCAAAUUGACAAAUAUGCUUAAAAAUCGCU